UCUAGUGCGAUAUAAGAAGCUGGACAUAAAUUUUCCAUUUUUUGGGGAAAGUGAUACACACACACAGUUGAUUAUUUACAACUACCAACAACAUUUGGGAUUUCUCCGUUGUGGCGUGUAACGGCGUUUCAGUGGUUUCAGUGAAGGGAUAACAUUACUUAGUGCCAACGGAUUGCCAGUCUCAAGGAUAUACGGUUUCAUCGCAAACAAAUUUUAGUGUGUAGAUAACAUUUAAUGAGCUGCUGAUAUCAGAACGUUCGUAGUACUACUACGUUGAACGCAGCUUGGGGAUUGAAACCGUUUUGUUGUGUGUGUUUUUGAAGUGAUUAUCCGCUGGAAACGGGCCAUUAAUUAACGCUGGAAGCAAGGAUAAUUGGCACAUAGUAUACUGAAGAUUCGGGAUUGGAAGCCAGCAGCCAGACAGUGCGUAAAAAGAUUCACCGAAGCGGAAUACUUUUCUUCGAAGAUCAAUCGGAAAGUUCGACUUGUCUGCAACCGUUGUAAAAAAGCCGCAAAAAUUGCUCUCACGGACACGAUGCCCGGAACCUGCCACAGGCUCCGCAUACCGUCGCUCGUUAGCAACCGGUCCUCGAAGGGCACCAACAGCAGCGACCUGGAACCGAUAACGCCCCGCAAGGAGCGCCACCGCGUCACGAUGAUGGGCGCGGCCCGCGUCGGCAAGUCGUCCAUCAUUUCGCAGUUUUUGUACGAAAAGUACCUGUCGCGGUACAAACAGACCGUCGAGGACAUGCACCGGGGCGAGUACGAACUGCCGGACGGGUCCUGUCUGACGCUGGACAUACUGGACACUUCCGGCUCGUACCAGUUUCCGGCGAUGCGAGCCCUGUCCAUUAACAUUAGCGGAGCGUUCAUCCUGGUGUACGCCGUGGACGACGAGGAGACCUGGCUGGAGGUCGAGCGGUUGAGGGAACAGAUCGUCGAAGCGCGUGGCCUGCGCGUGCCAAUCGUCAUCGUGGGCAACAAAGCGGACAUCCCGGAGGAGGACCGCCAGGUGCAGCAAAAGGAGGCCCAAACCAAGGCCACCCUCGAGUGGGGCUGCGGCUAUGCCGAGUGCUCGGCCAAAAACAACGAAGGCAUCCUGACCGUUUUCAAGCAGCUGCUGCGCCAGGCCAACAUCGAGUACAACCUCAGUCCGGCGGUUCGGCGGAGACGGAAGUCGCUGCCCAACUACGCCAGCAGCCAGGGCCAGAACCGACCGAGCACGGCCCGGUACUACCUGAAGCGGCACUCGUGCACGGUUCAGUGAACUGUUAGUUGCGUGAUCUGUGUUAGUUGCGUGGGCGUGUGAGUAAGUGUGUAAAGUUGUAUGUGUGGCAUAGAAUGGAUAGAAUGCGUAGGAGGUUGGUUCUAAAUUAUAAAAAAAAAACAUCCUAAAAUUAAAACAAUGACAUGAAAAACGAUACGACGAUAGCAGAUUGCCUGAUAAAAACAAAUGAAAAACAAAACAUCAAUAACCAGUUGUAAAGUAAUGUUUAUAAUGCAAUUGUUUUACUAGACAGAGGGUGUGUCAAAAUGGUUAAUUUGUAAUUGUGUUUAAGAAACGUUUGAAAAGCAAGAGUUUGAAUGGUGAAUUAGGUUCGCUGUCAUUUGGAUGGGCUUAGCGAUAGGUGAAGUGAUGUUGAGAUAAGGAAAAUUGUACUUGAUGAACGACACAAACUGUUUGAUUUGUUGAGCUUUUUUAUGAAACAAAAUGUUAGAUACUCCGAUGUUAGCUUAAUGUCAUGCAUUUACGUAAAGACAUAAAAAUCUGUAAGAUUUUUUAAACGAUUUAUACACCCAAGAAAACAACCAAAGCUUAUAAUAAAAUAUUAUAUUCC